CUUUAUUGCUAUGGACGCUGAUUCAACAAAAAGACGGGCGAGUCUGAAGCGUUCACGUGUAGCGAUUGAUUUUCCUCAUGGUCGCACAUCAGCAAAGAAACAAACGGUGGCGAAGCCGGACAAUGCCCAAUGCAGCUAUGUUCCUGUAUUCGAUGAGCCAAAUCAGCAUCUCAAGGCGCUUUCCUCUCAAAAUUUCUGUUCGAUGAGAAAACCAAGCUCUCCCUCCUCGCUCUCCAGGACGAAAAACAACGCCUCUUGUCAUCACAUGGAAAAUGCUCACGAUCGCAAAUGGGCCCUAAGUUUUGAGAAGCUAUCGGAGUACAAAUCUCGUCACGGAGAUACCCUUGUUCCGAAAGAUUAUAUAUCAGGAGGGGUCCCACUGGGAAAUUGGGUAAGAAGGCAACGCUACCUUCAAACAGCAAAGCUCAAGGGAUCUAAGACCCCGCUCACUCAGAGCCGAAUUGAAAAGCUCAAUUCUCUUGGCUUUGAUUGGGAUACCGUGUCGAAGAGGGUGUUUGUACGCUGGGAAGAAAACUUUGAGCGCUUAAUCAAGUACAAAGAAACGCACGGUGACACUCGAGUACCGAGCAACUAUCGUAUUGAUGACGUCAACUUGGGAAACUGGGUAAGAUCUCAACGCGCUGCAUACUCUAUGAAAACAAGGGGUAAAUCAGUGGUCAUGAACGACGAGCGUAUAUAUAAGUUGAAUUCCAUCGGUUUUCAGUGGGAUCUCCAAUCGCGAUUGUCGGGUUGUUGCAUUGGCGGCUUCACGGAACUUCCGUCCUUAGCCGAUCAGACGAUAAAAGAGCUGGAAGUAGUUUUCCUGCAAAACCUAGAUCGAGAAAUAUUGACCGCAGAAGAGGUACAUUUUAUGGAGAAGCUAGAAAAAGCGAUAAUCAUAGAAGAAGAGAAGUCGCUUCUACAGCGCAUUGACGAAGAGGUCACCAAAGCCGAGGUCUGUUUACUCGAUGAGACUCCACGUGUUCCAAAACGAACUUUCACGAGAGUGGGGAGAAGUUCGGAGCUUAUGAACGGUUCUCACUCGCCAGCCAUUCAAAAUGAUUCACAACUUUACACUACCAUGGCGGUUGAUAGCGCAACUCUCUACUUUCCCAAGCAUUUGAAAGGAAAUAUAUUGAUCUCGAGGGAAGAAUUUAAUUCUGAACUUUUAUUGGCUUUCAAAAAGGAAUGCACCGAACUUCUAGAUGGAUUUACCACAAGCAUGCAAGUCUGUCAAGCUCAGUCUGACACGUGGAAAUUGACUGUUCAAGGUCAACCAGAAGCUCUACAGAAGCUCUCCCAGAUACUCAAAGCUUGGAUUCACAACAAAAUAAACGCUUUUAACUAUUUACUCCUCGUUUCAGAGGGGAGGGAGGUAGAGGUCCAAAUGAAGUGUACAGCGCAGAUUGAAGCAAAGCUGGUUGAAACAGCAUGGAAUACGAAUGGUGUGAAAAAGCAGGGCUUGCUCAUUCAAGCUCUUUCGUCGAAAGGACAGCUGGGAAAGGCUCUAGGAGAGCAAGGAACUUCUUGCGGUGCUGCUGUUGUAUCCAUUGAAAAGCAAGAGUGCUCCUCGAUUGCCCAAUUUAAAGACUUGGUCAAAAAUACAGGUGUGAACAAUGCAUCGUAUAAACUGCAACUGAUGCUGCAUCCUGAAUCUUUUCAGGUUGUGGAGCAUGAAGGGGGUAUGAUGAAUACUGCAGAAUCCCAUUAUGGUAUCGUGGAGAACUUCAAGUUUGUAAAUCAAGACACUCCUUCGGGGUCUCGUCGUAAAGCAAUAUGUCCAUCUACUGCUUCAGCCACCUCAGGCUCUUAUGAGAGAAAGGAAUACGUUUUUAAAUUUCCUAGUGGAGAAAAGCUUGGGUUUUAUUGCAAAAACGACCGCAGUGGAAAGUCUCCAGUGUGUCGUAUCUGUUCCGUUUGUCCGAACAGUAUCACGGCAAAAGACUCAAGAGUCCUCCGAGGCACAAUCGUUGUUUGGGCUUCAGUGGGAAACGGAGAUCGGUGUGCUGUCAGUAAAUGGCAGGACUUAGCGAUUCUCUACACACAAGCAAGUCAGGGACCUGCUGAUUUGAAUAUCUGGUUUGUAAACCGACAUGAGGGAAAAUUCGACCAUGACGGCUCAAGGCUGCUGGAUAGCAAAGAUUGGACAGACACUGGGAUCUGGAGAGGAAAAGAGAAAGCAGGCUGGGCAGGCGGGGAUCAAACGCACUGCUGUGAAAAUCUUGAUCCUCGAAGCGGUACCGAUCGAGAUGCGAAUUCAAGCCUCCGUCCCGUCGCAUUAGCUUGUAGACAAGAGGAAUUGGAGAGCAGUGAAGACGAGCAAUGGUUCCUUUUAGAUCAUAUGCCAUCAAUUCGUGAGCAUGUGCGCUUGCAUCCUGCGCUAAAAAAAGCAGGCUCAGCGAAGAAGGGAAAGACGAUCAGCUUUGACCGAAAGCUGUACCAGGUAAGAAAGUUUGUAAGGGACAGUAGAACGUGUGAAUUCUACGUCCAGCGUAAGUUCCAAGCCAGUCCUGUUGCGUCCCCUAGCUACACAAUCCAAGUCGGCUCCAGUAUCUCAUUUGAAAGCAAGAUUUUACAAGCAAUAAAGAAGCACUCGUUUAAAGAACUAAUUCAAGUUCUUCAAAAUGGAGCAUUUGCUGCCAAUCGCUCAGUUGCAUUUCUUGACACCGCACGACGCGAACUGAGGCUGGCCGUUGAGUCAAUGAAAUUGGAGAAUAGUGAAUACUGUGGAAACCCACGGAACUCUCUUGUCCGAAGGAGGGAUUUGGAUCUCAAGCACACAGUGUUGAAGGUGUAUAUAUCAGCCGCACAUACAUAUGGCCAUGCGAGAGGUUUGAGGAACUGGUCCAGGUUCGAGCUUCUGGUGAAAAGUAUAGAAAAUUUACGCCUUUCUCCGUCACUCUUAAGAGGACAAGGCGAGAGCUUUAUUUCAGCCAAGUUGAGUGCAAUUUUUCCGGACUCUAGCAGCUCUGAGCAACUUGCGCCCCUUCCCCAUCGUCCUCUAUCGAAUCUCGUCGAGUAUGGCAAUGAGUUCAGCAGUUCUUAUUUUUUGAAUCACAACGCUAGUAUUGCUGCGGGUCGAUGUCUCGUAAUUGAAAUUCAAAUGAAUCCUUCUGAGGCUAGCGGAUCCUUCCGGCUCGGUUCCAUGAACGUCGAAGUGGCUGAACUACAGGCUAACUGCCCUCGAGAUGGAUCCUGGUGGAAUGUAUCGAAGCAGAUUUUGACUGGGCCCCAUCUAGAGGAUGGAGUAGUCCAUAUCAACGCCCGAAGGGUUGCUGUCGACCCUGAAUAUAUCAAAGCGAAACGACGUGACGGUUGUAUACGAUUGAAAACAACCUGUGACUGGGCUUGCAAAUUCAACGAUAGCCUUUCUCCCAUAGAGAGAGCGGGGGGUGUUUUAGAUCUACAUGUCCCCGUUUUCGGUGGCGCAUCGCUCCUGCAUACUGCGAUUUUGCUUCAAGACUCACAUCUGGUGAGGAAGCUUCUUGAUCUUGGCCUAGAUCCGGGCACCAAGUCCCAAAUUGGAUCUCCGAUGUCAUUGGCCUUCAAUCUAAUUGAAAAUAUUACACAUGCGUCCAAGAAUAAUGGAAUGAGCGGCGGUGAGACACAUCACAACCACGCCGAACCGGGAGAUCGCGCGGAAAACGACAGAGCAGCAGCACUAGCCAGAAUUAGUAAAAUGCUUUCUUCCAGGAACGAGCAGUCCAACAUACGCAGAGACGGUGCGGGCCUGUUGCAAAGAGAAGGCGCUUCUUUGGGAUUGCCUUCCUCAACACAUUCUACGAUUUCCGUCUCCACAUUAACUCCAAAACUUCCAACGCUACCCGAUACAAAUUGGCUUUUAGAGCCUACGUUCGUGAGGCACAUUUGUCGUUACAACGAGGGGGCGACAUGCAGACUUGGACAACGAUGCGCCUUUAUUCACAUCAAAGCUUCUUUAGGCGAGAACCUUGUUAGCACUUUGGCACGUAUGCAGAAGAGCGGUGCCGAAGAUGAAGGCUCUCUACAAUACUUCCGGAAAAAUUUAAAGGUCAUUUCGAGACAAGAUUCAUCGAACUGCAUCUGGUAUACUGCUGGCUUCUCGACGGUUGCUCGAUUUCGUACCUCAAACCAGCAGAUAUUUUAUGCGGAAGGAGGACCUGGUGUCCUCAGUCAACAAGGGGUGACAUGGUAUCGUGACCGAAAGAGUGCAGUGGAGUCACUUGCUCGAGUGUUCAAAAUUUUUAGGGAAUCGACCCGUAUAAAAAACCAAGAGAGUUAGUUAAAGAGACCACUGAUAUCAUCAGAUCGAAAACGUGACUCCGAGAGGCAUUGCAAAAUGCGGUGACAAAAAAUUACCGAGAAUAUCGAUCGAUGCAUGCGG